AUGACGACAAUCGCAACGCCUACGACCCUGUACGACCCCCCACCGUCCUUCUCGCUCGUCUCCCCCUUCCUCUACCGCAGCAGCGUACCCACCUCCUCCCACCUCCCCUAUCUCCUCCCUCUGCACCUAAACACCCUCCUCUCCCUAGGCCCCGAACUCCCCUCCAAGGCGCUGCAACAAUGGUGCGAACUCCAAAACGUCCGGCUGGUCCAUUUGGGCCGAAAGAGGGACGUCGUCGGCGAAGCAAGGACGUGGAAACCCGUUCAAGAGGAGUUGGUCAAGGAAGGCUUGCAGCUCCUGUUGAGCAGGGAGAAUGCACCGUGUUUGGUCGUCGAUCCGUAAGUGGUGCAGGCUCGAUGAAGCUUUUUCAUUUUUCUCCCCCCUUGGCUUCAGGUGAAGAUAGCUGAUUGCCGCCCUCUUCUGUUCGAAGCUCGGGCGUACACGAAGUCGGGAUCCUGAUCGGCUGUCUGAGAAAAUUGCAGCGCUGGACCCUGUCCGCCAUAUUCGCAGAGGUGAUCUUCGAAAGCACCUCAACCUCCCAAAUAGCGUUUCGCUCAUCCGCCCGUCUUUGUGGUUACAGUACGCCUCGUUGGCAGGCUCGCAAUCUCGCGACAUUGAAGAGGUUCGUCUCUUUGCCUAGCCGGCCACGAAGAAUCUUCUCCUCUCCAUGUAUACCCGCUAACCAUUACCUUGCCCGUGUAUUGUUUUCCGCUCCCUCGUUCGAAAUAGCAAUUCAUCGAAGUAAGCCCUCCCACUUUCCACACGCCCCGCCACCUCUACCCUUCAAAACCCGACCAGCCCCACCGGCUGAAGAAAGUCACCCUUCUGACCCUGAUCCCUCCCCCCUGUCCUUCACACAGCUCUUCGACACGGACCUGGUCGUGAUCCCACCUUUGAAGGACCGCAUCGACGGCGUGAGGGACGUGGUGAAUGAUCCGCCUUUACUUGCUCCGCCUCAUUGGAACGCCCAGGUUCCCCCCGACCCGUCGAGCGAUUCCCCGACUACGCAAGCGUGA